GGCGGCAGCGGCGGCGGCAGCAGCAGCAGUGGCGGCAGCGGCGAUGUUGGCGGUGGCGGAGGCGGGGAUGGCGUGUGUGAGCAAUCCCUGUGCCCACGGGGUGUGUGUCGACCAGCUCAACAGCAGUUCAUACUCCUGCUACUGUGUGGACGGGUGGACGGGGAUGAGGUGUCAGACGAACUGGGAUGAGUGUUGGUCGGCUCCCUGUCUCAACGGUGCUACCUGUGUCGACCUGGUGAGCCUCACCUGCCUCUGUGCCCCGGGAUAUACAGGAGAGUUCUGCGAGGCGGAGAUCAACGAGUGCCACAGUAAUCCGUGCCAGAAUAACGGCACCUGCCAUGACCUCCUCAACCAUUACGUGUGUUCGUGUCCUAUAGGAUACUCAGGUGUAAACUGUGAGAUUGACGUGAGUGUGUGUAACGCCUCGUCAGUGUGGGCCAGGAAUACUCCCAGGUGCUUCAACGGGGGGCUGUGUGUGGACGGCCCUGGCCUCUCCUACACCUGUCUCUGUCAACCAGGUUGGGCGGGCCACAGGUGUGAACAGGACGUGAACGAGUGCCUCUUCGAUCCCUGCUACAACGCCGCCGUCUGCAUUAACAUUCCUGGCACCUUCGCGUGUGCCUGCCAGUUCGGGUACACGGGUGCACUAUGCGAGGAGGCGGUGGUGUUCUGCGAGGCCAACCCGUGUCAUAAUGGCGCCCUCUGUGUUAUGGAAGAUCACAACGCCACCUGUUACUGUGUUCCGGACUAUCACGGCUCCCAGUGCCAGGACCAGUACGAUGAUUGCCUGCCUUACGCCCCCAGGUGUAUGAACGGUGGGAAAUGCAUCGACGGGGUGGACAGCUUCUUCUGCAGUUGUCCCAACUCCACCUCGGGGGUACUGUGCCAGUGUGUCACCACCGCUGACGGACAGUCUUGCGAGCAGCUUCCUCAUUGGUUCCAAGACAAACCUUUUCAGCCACUCGAUACCACUGAAAAAGAUAUCUUUCACCAGUGGUAUAAUAUCAGUCGUGUGUUAAAUGAGUCCACAACAGAAUAUUUUCCUUCCCCGACGUCGACAGACGAGACUUAUGUUUACCCGACAAGUUCUGUUGAUAUCUUGACUUACGUUUUAUUCCCCAGUGAGACUGUUCCUCCCAGCUAUGAGUUCGUGUCGAGUAUAUCGCCCACCAUACCCCGGGAGGCUAAAGACUUUCCAACGACGUCUUCUGUGAUAAGUGCCAAAGAGUCGCCAGUUUAUAGCGAGCUUGAGUCCGCCAGUGUGCCUUACCCUUCCAGUGAAUUGUUCCAUGACAUCGUCCCCUCCGCGAGUCUCUUUCCCUCCACAAUAGAAUGGAGUGAAUUUUGGUCAAUGCAACCAUCGCCAGUGCUUCCAGUCCCGCCUUCCUCACUCGUUGUCGAGGAUACCCCUGUGUUGUCCUCUGAGUUGGUGACCACGACGCCUGUGCCACACCUCACCCCCACGCACGUCCUUGAGGGCUCCUUCCUCACGCCCUCAGUGGAACUUGUAUCUUUGUCUCUUGUGUCCGGGUUCGACGUAAGUACCACGCCUAUUUUCGGUUCAGUGCCUACCCUAGAGCCCACUCCCGCGCUCACUCUCGCCAGUAGCUUGCUAGAGCCCGCGACCUCUGUCCUCAUAGAUGCUACAGCUUCCCCGCAAACCUUUACUUACGACAUAACCAACGCGACGUUCCUGCCAGGUGAUGACGGGUCCGGGAACCAAACCUCUACCCCUGAGGCUGACUUAGCUAGCACACCUCCCACCCCUACACCGGGAGACGACCUGACCAGUGUUACUCAAGACCUUAUAACCGCUGUGCCCCUCACCACAGAACUUCCCGAAAAUGACACUAGUUACCCAAUUGAAGGUGAAGUGUUGAGCACCACCGAGGACACUACCCUGAGCUCCGAACUUCCCCCGUUCACCCCCUACACCUCCCCACCAACUGAUGCUGUUACUGACACCGACUUAUGGGUGUCCACUGAAGCCACGACCCAAGAGGUGAGCGUCACUACCGAACCUUUCACCUCCACCUAUGAUUCUGUCAACAUUACCCAGGUGACGGCAGCCACUACUCCAGGGUACGAGGACACGGGAGGGCCCACCAACGUGUCCCUGAUCACAACACCGCCAGAUUAUGAAGACACGGGAGGUACCAUAGAUACUACUCCACCUACAGAUGGUUUAGUUACCCCGUCCACGCCAGACAUCCUCACGGAGAUUUCCACGUCAACGUUUUACGCAACAACGGAAGUAGAUACGAACAUAACUUACAUAACUAUGGAGUAUAACGUCACCUCUCCUCUACCUGCUGAUGUAUAUAAUGAAACUGUCACACCGCCACCAGGCUUUGAAACAACAGCCGAGGUGACAGUACAUGUAGAAACCACGAAGGAGACAGUAACAGAGACAGUAACAGAGACAGUCACCCCACCACUUACCACACAGGCCACAACUCCGACAGGUGUGACUGUCUAUGACAAUAUCACGACUGAGGUGACCAGCAUCCCCGGGACAGAGUCGACUGACGUCACCGUAUAUAAUGAAUCAUUAACGACAGGUGUACCGCUGUUUAACGAGUCAGUUCUCGUCACAGAUGUCUUGCCAUAUAACGACUCAUACACUCCAAGUAUAACUACGCUGAUCGAUUCAUUAUUUACGAGAGAUUUUAUCGCCACAAAUGCGUCCUUCACGACAGACGUAACGCUGUUUAAUGCUUCCCUUACGACAGAGACCGCAUUAGUGAAUGAUUCUCUUACUACGGAACUCUCGACUUACGACACUACGCCCACAAGCGAGUUUUACCCCACAGUCAACACUUCCAUACACGCCCCGUAUUACACCACCAUAUUCUCUUACGUCACUGAGAAGACAACAUUUAAUGCCUCUCUUGCCGUCGACCAAACGACUCCAGACGACUAUUUUAUUACCGUAAACGACAGUUACACGACAGACAUGACGACCUACAGUACUGAUAGUGCAGUGGAAAUUCCGCCUUCGGUAACACCUACUGCAGAGGCGCCACUGAUAGACGCACUCCGGCCUGUGACUCAAGUUCCACCCUCCACUGAAAAGGGACCACAAACCUCAGUAGCGACGGAGGUGGACACUGAGCCAACAGGCGUGACUACUGAUGGUGUAGUCGACACACGAACCACGACAGCUAUAGUUCCAGCCACGCCACCGACCACUGGCUUAAUAGACAUGUUCACCUUGGUGACUGAGCCCGCUGAAGAUAUCGAGAAUGUCACACUACCCGACUAUGAGUAUCUUCAUAAUGUCUCCUUGAACGGGGUUAAUAUUACCACGACAGCAGUUUCUUCCAUUGCAUCAGAGGUUCCAUUGUCUCCUCCACCUGAAGGACCUUUGCUUCCUCCCUCGACGAGUGAGUCCACUACUGAGAGCUCACAAACACCCACCCCCACCUUUCCCCCCUCUUCCUUCCCUCCCACCACACCCACUUCUCUCGUCAGCCUCACCACUACGGAACCCAACAUUACAUUCCAGAUAACUGAGACGCUCACACCGCCCACGCCCACCUCCGAAGUGGACACCACGACUGGACCUGGUGAGCGUGACUACACUGCCAGUUUCAGUGUCAAGGACCCUGUGUUUGACACCACGUCGCAGACACCAAUUCAGCUUCCCAAGACUACCACCAGUAUGACCCCUACGACCACCAGUAUGACCCCCACGACCACCAGUAUGACCCCCACGACCACCAGUAUGACCCCCACGACCCCCAGUAUGACACCUACGAGCCCCAGAGACCUACACACUGUAACACAGCCGGGUGCGACCAUCGUUACGCCUGUCACGCCCACGGAGACUCAAAGUGAUCAGCCGACAGCUGUGGCGUGUGGGACCGGCUUCUGCCGCAACCGGGGCGUGUGCGUCCUCCGCGACGGUAACUACACUUGUCAGUGUCCCUUCAACUACCGAGGAGCCUCCUGUGAAGUCUACGUGUACAUCAAUAAACCUUACUUCGUCGGGGCCUCCUUCCUCGGGAUCAACGUUGGCAAUAUGUCCUUAUAUCAAGGUGCUCAGGUAUACGUGCAGUUCACCUCCCAGGAACCCAAUGGCUUAGUGGCUUACAGCGAGGGCCCCAGCGACGCCUUCUUCAUGCUACUCCUCAGAAACUCUCUCCUGCAGUUCGUCUUCUCCUGUGGCCUCCAGACAGUAUCUUUCCUACAGGGCAACGAGAAGCUCGCCAGUAACCAUAGAACUGAUGUCUCCGUCAGGAUGUGGUGGACGCCCUACAGACUCGACGCUCCCUGGGGCCCUGGCAAGUGUAGUGCUUCGAUGCAGGUGAACGGGUCAGCUCCUAUCUACAGUGAACAGAGAGCCUCAAGUCGCUGGGUACGGCUGGGUUUGCUAUACCUUGGGGGUCUACCUUCCUCCUAUUCCUCCCCCCUCGUGGUCAAGGCUGGCUUUCUCCCAAGGCUUAAAGGCUGCGUCUCCUUACUCGAGGUAAACGGGCGGGAGAUCGACAUAUGGUUAUCGAGUGUGUCAGGGGAGCGUGUGGAGGAGUGUGGGACGGCCCCGUGUCCUCCAGGGUCCUGUUACAACGGUGGAUCCUGCGUGCCUGGUCCUGCCCUGUGGUCCUGUAGGUGUCCCCCGGGGUACCAGGGAGAAUUGUGUGAGCAGGCUGAUUGUGGUAGUGGUGAGAGAGACCCAUGCCACAGUGGGCAGUGCAUUCCUCCUACCCACCACACACACCCACUCUGCCUUUGUCCAACCCAUCGUCAUGGGCUCUACUGUGAACUAGAGCGGGUUGUGGAAAGACCUUCAUACUCUGGUACCAUCGAGGGUUACAGCUCAUACUCUGUGUACCGCCUUCACUAUGAUGUCACCCACACCACGGCGCUCAGGUUGCACUUCACGACGCAGGCGCUGCAGCAGGUGGGAUUGAUAGCCUAUCUAGGUAAUAACGUCAGGAGUGCUCGCCAGGACUUCCUCGCCCUUAGCCUCGUCAGGGGACACCUUAUGCUCACCUGGGAUCUGGGAGCCGGUCCACGAAGGAUACUGACGUCAGAAGCCCUAGACACAACAUUACACACACACUCGGCGCUGAUUGGUCGAAGAGGGCGGGAAGCUUGGCUAUUGGUGGACUCCCAGAAAAACAUCUCGGCCAAGGCACCCGGUUAUCUCUCCUCCCUUAACACCAACAACAUGCUAUAUAUCGGAGGUCACCCAUCGUGGAACAUGAGUCAUCUCCCGGCGGACAUGUGGCGCCAUGAAGGAUUCCGGGGGUGUGUGUUUGACCUGCGUGUGGCGAGUAGUCCUGCGGGGCCCUGGACGGCACUCAGGAUCUCCGGAGGUGCCAAUGUGAAGGAGUGUGGCCAGGACGAGUGCCACCAUGACUCUUGCUUCAAUGGUGGCACUUGCCUUCCCCUCGGUGCCACCAUCAGGUGUGAGUGUUCUGUCGGGUGGAAAGGGCUGAGGUGUGAGGUAGCGAGCCACUUGUGUGAGGGCGGAGGGUCGUGUGUCCCCGGCUCGUCGUGUCUGUCAGGCGGGUCACUAGGGACUCAACCCACAUGUCUCUGUCAGCUGGGCAGGACGGGGCCGCUGUGUGAGAGAGUCAUCAACAUCACAGACCCUCAGUUCUCGGGUAAAGAGUCCUACUUGAGCGUGAGAGCCAGGAACCUUCGUCGGGAAUCCCAUAUAGAGAUCUCCUUCAGGCCCUCUCGUCUCGACGGUAUCCUCCUUUUGGCAUUGCCCAGGACACCCCCGGGAGAUUUCAUGGCCCUGGCAAUUGUCAACGGCACUAUGCAGUUCACCUAUCACCUGGGAUGGCGGGCGCCUGGUCUGGUGGUGGUUCGAUCCGAGGGCGUGGUGAAGCUGCAGGAGUGGCAGACGGUGAAGGCAUGGCGGCGGGGCGGGGAUGGAGCCAUUACCUUCAAGGGCACCACCACAAGGGCUCACUCCCCCGCCCCUACACUCACCCUCCUUGAUGUACACACCGAAUUGUUCCUUGGUGGUGUGCCAGACGCUUCCCUUGUGCCUCCUGCUGUGGCUCCUUCAGGCAGUCGGGUUCCCUUCCAUGGCUGCUUCAGACAGGUGAAAAUCAACGGUGUGGAACGCGACCUGCGGGUGCCUGGUGGGGAGGUGGUGAGGGGUGCCGGGUUGAGCGACUGUGAUGGCACCGCGUGUGGCAGUCAGGUGUGUCUCCACGGUGGCACCUGUACCCCCGCCGGUGAUACCUUCGUCUGCACUUGCACCGAGGAAUACACAGGAGCGAGGUGCCAACUCUCCCGGGUUUGUCUCGACAACCUGUGUGUCAACGGAGCGACUUGUGUGCCCUCCCAGACCUCCUUCGGUAAUAAGAAGAAACGUCGCCACUCUGUGUCUGGCGAAGAGGGAGCAGCCGGGGUAGACACACAGGUCGUAGGACAAGGAGUCGUGAAGGAGGAACACUUUAUAUGGGAAGAUGGAGAAGAAAGUGUGGACAAGAGAGAAGGCGCUGAGUGGGAAGAACUUGUAAGGGAGAACGGAGACUUCAUCAGUAAAGAUGGAGGCUUAGCUGUUAGCAAGAAAGAAGGGAUCGAGAAAGAGGAAUUUAUCACAAUGGAGGACGAUUUCCAUAAGGAAGAACUUGUCAAAAAGGAAAAGAGCGCCAUUUGGAAAGACGGAGACGUUGUUAUAAGCAAGAAAGGAGGCAUUGAGAGGGACCAGCCUUUGAGGAGACAAGAGGGAAUCGUCAUACAGGAGGAAGAAGCUGUCCACGUGGAUGAAGUGUGGAAGAGGGAAGUGGGAGAUGGCAGCUACUACUGUGUCUGUCCUCCCGGGUACUAUGGCAGUCGCUGUCAGACAGGAGGGGAGGUGGGAUCUGUCAAGUUCUCUGGCGGGAGCUUUGCCUUAGUGCCUGAGGGACCUUACGGCAGCCCCGCACCGGACACUGACUCCCUGGCACUCAACUUCUCCACCACCGCCACACACGGCCUCCUGCUCUGGCGAGGACAGGUUGACGUGCCUGGGGAGGACUUCCUGGGCGUGGGCAUGUAUGGUGGGCGUGUGAAAGUAGUGUGGCAUCUAGGUGGGGGCACCCUCGGUCACCUCACCACAUCUAGGAGUGUGAGGGAUGGGAAGUGGCACAGCCUGGUGGUGUCGCGGACGGGUGCCGUGGUUACCGUCUUCCUCGAUGGCCGCCCAGAUAAGGCCUCGUCGCCCGGCACUUACACACAGAUCAAUGAGUCUCAAGGUCUUUACGUCGGUGGCUUCCCCGCUGACGUGUCUGUCUCCUACGGUACAGAGGGACACUUCGAUAGGGCCUUCGUCGGAUGUCUAAAGGACCUUUUUGUUCACCAAGGCUCUUCACCUAUUAGGUUCUCUUCACUAUCCCAGGGUCGAGACCUUCAACCUUGUUCAUGAAGAAGUUAUCCAAGUGUUGUUAAGGAAACCAAUAUAUACUUGGGUGAAAUUUCCAUGUACUGUACUGUACUGUCCUGUGGUACAAACAGAUGUGUGCGUCACCUUAGCGAAGUUUACUUAAUUGUAAAAAGUUCUUUAUUGACAUUUAAUUUUUUCCGUGUUACUGCAACUAUUGAAAGAUUUAUUUAAAAAAGAUGACUAUCUUAGGCUUUCUUCUAUAUGUAAUAAAGAUACUGUUUAAGGAAAUAUAUUUUAUCAGCAAUAAGUGAACUAUGCAACCAAUUAACCGUACGCUGUGUUCCAGUGAAAGGUACAGUGCCUAUUUCAAUGUUACCUACCGUCCAUAUGUCGGAGACCAAAUUAUAGAAGCAUGUUUAUUUCCUGCUUACCUUAUUCUAAAUGAAAUGGAGGAAUAUUUUGAAAACUUACCAUUAAAUUAAUAUUCAUAACAUCAGAGAUAUUAAGUUAUUGUUAAAUGUUCAUCACUAUAAUGCUCUCGACUUGUUGAUGAAUGCACUUGUCUCAUAAAAAGGCAUAAAUCAAAGCAUCAGCAAUCCAUGUACUGUACAGUGAAUUAAUGUUAAGACUAAUGGUUGUCAACAAUGAAUUUGCGGUAUACCGUAUGUACACGUAGCUAAAACAACUAUCUGUAAAAUUUCGGAGCAUAUCGACCCCCACCUGCACAGAUAGUUGUUUUAGUUACUACAGUACAUAAAUAUAAGGUCAUAAAUAAUGGAACCUCGACUGUUGUGAGGUGGGGAGAAGCUGUCCUGAGAGACUUGAAGCAGGGAGACGCCUCGAUAUUUUCAGUAAAUAGUCAAGGAAGUGUUGACGAGGUGUUGUGGCGGGGAAACCAAUAGCAACUGCUGUGAGUUACCAUCUAUACGCCUAACUUUCUGUCUGGGACACCUAUAAAAGGCUUAAGUGUUUAAAUAUGCGUAGAAUGCACUCGAGAAUUUGUAGCAGUACACUGAUUUCUGCUGCUAGUGCUGGCCGCCAUUUGUCACCUCAAGCAGUAGGUGACAAACUGAGUCUCCCCCCUCCAUGUCUCUGGUAGCCUAGUCUCCAGCCGGGCGGGACCAAUUACUGUGUUCACCCAUGUUAAAUGACCUGUAUCUUAGAUAAAUUUUUAUAUUCUGAACAAUUCUCUGAUUCCCGAAAUCAGUCUUUCAGAUUUGUUUGGUCUUAACUUUAUGGAGUAGCUCUUUAAUAGUCUGAGGGUACAAUGGACCUAUUCCACUGUAUCAGGAGUCGGUCUGUCAAAUGAUUGACGAUUGAUUACAUUAAUAUAGUUACGUCUUUGGAGACAUUACUUCAAAGAAUUUUUAGGCAGAUAUUUCAAUCGUAGUUCAUGGAACCUGAACUAAACUUGGUUCCAGCGUCAAUAAUUUAGGAAUGGCAGCAGACACACUUGGGUCCGGCUCGCAAUUUACACGAGUAUUUCGUAACCUGAGUAUAAAAUAAAUGGCCUUCACAUAAAUGAGAUCAAAUUCAUUAAAGUACACGCACUACGUGAAGAGUAGUUUACAAUAUACAGUAGUUAAAUUUAGGACCGGGCCUGGGCGCUAGCCACAGUCCUGACAAUUUAUCGUUGAGAUACAAAAUAUUGUAUAUUUUAUAACAUUAUGUAGCGUUAUACUAUUAGAAUAGAUUGCAGGUCUUCAUGCAACGAUUUUUUAUAGCAUUGUUACGAUCUUUUAUAGCUUUAUAUCCCAGGAGCUGGAGACAGUCUGACUCUUGUCCGUAAAGUUCAAAACAUCACUGCCAUCUGAGCCUAUACGUGUAUAGUGAUCAUUCGUGUUAUGACUUUUGUUGUUGUGUUAAAUUGCUGUGAUAGAUGAAAUUAUUUAAUGCAGUUAUACUUUGUUAAAUUUGUAAAGUUGUUUGUCCGUUACAUGAAACAAAUACAUAACUGAUGUAGUACUUUUAAGGUGUUCAACUUUACUGUAUAUUUCGCCACCAUUCGACCUUCAGCCCUACAGUGUCUAAUAGUCCCUAACAGAAGUUGAUAAAAACAAUGUAAGUCAUCAUGGUGUCCAUACAGCAUAUGGUUGUGUUUUUUUGUGGUAAUGAGGUAUCAGACAUUUACUGUUACAAUAAUAAUAAUAAUAAUAAUAAUAAUCAGUAAAAUUGUCAUACAGGUUUACAAUUGCAUCAGUUUUUUAUAUAAACUAUGCAGUUGUACAGUGCAGCUUGAAUAUAGACAGUACAGGUAUACGGUGGAGGUAAGCCGUGGGGGUAUACAGUUUCCUGUGUGCCGAGACAGUUCAAUUAAACAAUGGUAAACAGUAAGGCAUAUGACUAAGGAUAGCCAACAAAGCUGCCAGGUGCUUAUUCCCCAUAACAAACUCUGUAAUGUGUAUUGAGUUAUAAGUAACAAAAGGAUGAAUUUUAAGGUUUUUAUAAGAAUUUGUUAUGAAUUAUUACAUGUAGUGUUAUAAACAGUGGCUAUUACCUUUAAUACGCUUUUUAUAUAAGGUACACAAAUGUGGAGGAAACAUUCUUACCUUACGGUGCCCUGUAUGAGUGAUUGAGUGAAUACACAAAUUAGACAAUGAACAUGACGAAAGUUAACUUAACCACACCUUUGUUUGGGCACCGAAUUAGCUAAGCACCAUUGCAAUCCAAAGGCAACGGGAACAAAUUCAUUUCAACGUUUUAAUCGUCCAUUUUGGUACAUAGAUUUAUGUCAACGUUUAUAUCAUCAAGCGGUAUCUCUUGUGUUGACGUAGAUGAUCUAGGGAUAAUCAACAUGCUUUUAAACUUUACCUUCCUAGUGAAAGAAUUAUCCUAGUGUAUGACUUUUUUUUAGAUUUUAAUGUUACUGAAGAAAGUUUUCCAAAUGUGUUCCAUCUGAAAAGUUAAUUUCCAAAACAUGAGAGGCGGCAUUUUUAUCUGUUAAUAACAAUAUUAGGAAUAUAUAUUGUUUUCCGACAUAACGGAUUAAUUCCUGUCUUGAUGAUAUGAAACGCAUAUCCUAUCAUGGUGAACCGCAUCUUGGAAAUUAACUCUUCGGUUUAUAACCUGACAAUCAUAACACCUGAGGAUGAGUAUGACGUCAUUAGAGGAGGGGGUCUGGGGUGUCAAUCAAGGGGUCUGGUUGUGACGUCUAAAAGGAAGGUCAUGACAUAACACGUGAAAAUACAAUUAUGACGUCACAAGCCUUGGGGCCUUUUAUUUAGUAUAACUUGUGCCAAACUUUUCUUUUACCCUAAUAAAACUAAAUAAAAAUGGCUUACGAAUUUUAUUAAACAGAUUAAAUACUGCUUGUAUUUUUAAUAAACGAGGAUUUUUUGUGC